AUGGCUUCCCAACGAGUCCUUCCUCAAAGCAAAGAAACACUUUUACAAAAUUACAACAAACGCCUUAAAGAUGACAUCAAGUCCAUCCUGGAUAACUUCACAGAAAUCAUAAAAACCGCCAAAAUUGAGGAGGAGACGCAGGUUUCUCGACCAACUCAAGCGGAGCAAGAUCAUUAUGAAAUGCACGUCAGAGCGGCCAACAUCGUCCGUGCUGGAGAGUCGCUGAUGAAGCUGGUGUCUGAUUUGAAACAGUUUCUGAUUUUGAACGACUUUCCCUCCGUGAACGAUGCCAUCAGCCUCCAGAACCAACAGCUUCGCUCGCUGCAGGACGAGUGCGACAAGAAGCUCACGGCCCUCCGAGAUGAAAUCGCCAUUGACCUUUAUGAGCUAGAAGAAGAAUAUUACUCCUCCAGCUACAGUCUGUGGGACACCUCUGAUGUGCCCCUUUGUGAAGCCUUCCGCCGCCCGGACACUUGGACGUCCCCCGACAGUAGCUGUAGCUCCCCGUCUGAGGAGCGAGAGGAGGUGGACGGAGCUCCAGACUCAAACCCGCAACACCAACUCAAUGGACACAGCACCGCAUCUGAAAAACCCUGA